CUUGCAUACCAGAGGCAGGGGGCUGGCAGGGGGACUCUGACAGUUGUAAUGGAUUUUAUCAGAAUUUCUCCAAAGGCUGACUAUUUUGUCUUCAAUUAUUAAUUAUUUUCAGAGGGGUUUUUCCUCCUUUCUGUGAGAAGAGAAUUGGGCUAUAAAGCUGGCAUCUAGAAGUGGAAACUUUCAGCAGACCUGGUGAGCCCUUUUAUUGCUGUGAAGACAAAUUCCCAUACUGCUGAAACAUCACAGGAAACAGAAAUGAGAUAAUUCGAAAGAAGAUUAUGGGAAAAGAGGCCUCAAUACAUGUGAAGGAUUGAAUACAGUAUGUUGAAGACUUCCAUCUGGAUUAUGGAUUAUUGCUUUGCUAGAAUCGCUUGAUUGAUGAAUUCAGAGGUUUGGCUGACUGGCAGAAGACAUUUAGCGAUGCAUCAUCUCUUUGGGCUUGUUUUGGGACAAAAGGACCUUUCGCGUGCAGGGGACCUCUUUUCCUUAGACGAUUCUGAGAUAGAGGGAUGCCUUUCAGAAGCUCUAGAGCAAAUAAAAGCAAUUAGUUCAUCUCCAGACUACCAAAGUAAUGACAACGACCAGGCAGUUGUGGAGAUCUGUAUCACACGUAUCACCACGGCCAUUAGAGAGACAGAGUCCAUUGAGAAACAUGGGAAAGCCCUUGUGGCUCUUUGGGAAUCAUGUUUAGAGCACAAUCUGAAACCUUCUGGAAAGGAUGAAGACACACCCCAUGCGAAGAUUGCAUCUGAUAUUAUGAGCUGCAUUUUACAGAAUUAUAAUCGUCCUCCCAUCAUGGCACUGGCUGUCCCAGUGGCAGUAAAAUUUCUCCAGAGGGGUAACAAAGAACUGUGUAGGAACAUGUCGAGUUAUCUAUCCCUGGCUGCAAUUAGCAAAGCUGAUCUCCUGGCUGAGCACACAGAAACAAUUGUUCAAAGUGUCCUGCAAGGGAAUUCCAUGUUGCUACGUGUAUUACCUUCAUUGUAUGGAAAGCAAUCUCAGCUGAUUACCAGCCAUCUGAGAGACUUGGUAGCACUGAUGCCUCACUUAGAACAACCCGAACAGCACCACCUUUUACGGCUUUUGUUGAUUGUUGCAAAGGAAAAACAACCAGAGGUGCUCAAAGAAUGUAUUCCCUCCUUAGUUUGUCACCUAAGAGAUCCCAAUCAUAAUGACAUCAUCCUCAAUAUAUUGAUAGAAAUAUCAUGUUAUGAGCCAGAAGUCUUGUCCAGUUUGCUUCCUGUACUGAAAGAGAUUGGAGAAAGUUCCCCAAGUUUAAUUGGACAAACAGCAAAGAUUUAUGGAGCUGUUGGACACGUUGAUGAGGAGAGAGCCCGGAUAUGUCUGAUCUACUUGGUUAAUCAGCUGGCCAACAUGGAACAUUCUUUCCACCAUAUCCUUCUGUUGGAGAUCAAGCGCAUCACAGACACCUUCUCUGAUAUCUUGGGCAUCCAGAGCAGAGAUAUUUAUCGUAUGAGUAACAGUUUCACUGCCAUAGCUAAGCUUCUCAUCCGACAGCUGGAAAACAACAGUACCUCUGAGAGCAGGGUAGAAGAUGUUGCUGAAACAGAAUCUCCUUCACAGCUGGAUGAUUUAAAAUCUGUUAUGAGUGCAAAUGAAGAGGAUGAAAAGCUUCAGGUUAAAAUACAAGCUUUUGAAGAGAAAAUAAAUGUUGACAACAGUACUCCUGGCUCUGUGCGCAGGUGUAGUCUAGGCCAGGUUUCGAAAGAAGAAAGAAAGGACAUGAGGUUUAACAGGUCCAAAAGUCUAGCUUUGCAUGCCGUUCGUAUGAAGGGCAGUCAUUCAGACAAUGGCCAAGAGAUGGAGAAUGGAGAUGUUACAGCCAGCAUCUCUUUCACAGAUAUUUAUUUGAGCCAAGAAGCCGACAAAUUGCCUUCCAGUGCAGGCACUGAAGAGUUGCAGCUGGAAAAAUUUUCACUUUCACACUCAAGUAUCAAAUGUACAGAACCAGAGAAUCUGCCAGAACCAGUUAAAGAAAACUGCCAUGAAGGAAGCCCAAAGACAACCAAGAAUCCUGUGGAAUAUCAAGAUAAGCUUUACUUUCACUUAAAGGAAAAUCUUUCUAAAGUGAAAACAUAUGUCAUGGAGAUGGGGAAGAAAAUUCCUCUCCCAGAUGAAUGUGUUAUUGAAGAUACUGUUAGAAGUUGUGUAGCAAAGCUGUUCUUCAGCUGCCCCCUGAAAGGUCAUUACUGCCUGUACAGUAAAUCCAGUUUUACUCUCAUCAGCCGACAGCCUCAACUUUGGAUCCAUAUCAUGUUUCUCUUUCAGCAGAGCUUGUUCCCAGAACCUUUGUCCAUGCAAAUUAAUUCUGUGCAGGCUCUGAAAGCCUUGUGGGAGAAAACCCAGCUGAAGGGAACACACAGCUUCGAAACGGCAAUGGUUCAGUCUACAUUUCCACAUCAGAAGGAUCUGGACCACGUACAGAUACAUCUGGAAGAAGUGAGGUUCUUUGAUUUAUUUGGUUACAGCGAGGAAGCAGGGGCUUGGCAGUGUUUCAUGUGUAAUAAUCCUGAGAAGGCAACAGUUGUAAAUCAAGAUGGCCAGCCUUUGAUCGAAGGAAAGCUGAAAGAAAAGCAAGUCCGAUGGAAGUUCAUCAAAAGGUGGAAAACGCGCUAUUUCACUCUUGCUGGCAAUCAACUUCUGUUUCGCAAAGGAAAGUCGAAGGACGACUCAGAUGACUGUCCCAUUGAGCUCAGUAAGGUCCAGAGUGUCAAAGUUGUGGCCAAGAAGCGCAGAGAUCGCAGCCUUCCUCGGGCCUUUGAAAUCUUUACAGACAGUAAGACGUAUGUUUUCAAGGCCAAAGAUGAAAAGAAUGCUGAGGAGUGGCUCCAGUGUAUCAAUGUGGCAGUUGCACAAGCUAAAGAAAGGGAAAGCAGAGAGGCAACCACGUAUUUGUAACAACUGUGGUCUUGUUGAUGCUACAGUGCAUCUCUGUAGCACAUGAACACCACAUUUUCUGAAAGAAAAAGAAAGAAAGAAAGAAAGACUUUCAGACCUUGCUAACAGUGUCUGUGGACUGCAUAGUGUUACCAUGUUCCUUAUUGGUUGUGAGGGGGAAAGUCACGUAUCGAAUGCCAUGUUCACACUAAUGGUUUCUUCAUUUUAACAAACAUGCUAAAUCCUGUCCUGUUCUAUACUGCUGUGAUGUUUGUUCAUGAGACUAUUACCAGAAUGGUGUCCACUGCAUCCUUUCCCAGGGUUCCUUGGUCUACCACAGAGAGAAGAACUACUUUCUCUCUAGAAUGUAGAACAGGAGAAAGCACGGAGUGACCUUCACAUGGCUGCCUUGAACAUGCUCCUCCUGGUGGGGAUAAAUAGUGGAAAAUGCACUCCUGUACAUAAAACAUGUCUGAACAAUACAGCAUUGGGGCACUUGCUCCUGAAUAACGCUGACAGAAGUACUUUACAUUGUUUCCCUUUGUCCCUGUGUUAACAUAGCUUAAGCAGCAUGUAGUGGACAAGUAUACAUGUGUGUGAUGUGGGGUUUAUCAGCAGCUUUGCUCUUACAAGAAUUGCCAUCUGGAAAUCACAAGUCCUGUGAGAGGAUCUGUAAAGCUUCACUGCCUUUUGACUGCCAUAUCUUGUUUUGCAAAGUGCCCAGAUAAUGUCCACAGCUCAUAAUCUUUCUGGCAAUGCAAUAUGUAUCCAUGGUGUUCAACACACUUUCAGUGCAGUGGGCGGGGGGAUUUCACCCUUACUCAAGGUGUCUUUGUUCCUGCACCCUGGAUAUGGCAUCUGUUCUAUUUUGCCCGACCGCCAUCCCAGGCCUCCUGCCUUCCAUUUUCUGUUCUCCCUGCCUGCCAUUCUGCUUACAGAUGACUCAACCCAGGCCAGGGACAGUUUUCCUGGUCCUACUGAUGUGUCAUGGAUCCCGACAUAAGAACUCAGAGGACAGCAGGAACCAUGUCCUGAGAUAGCCCUGGAAAACCUGCCUUUCCAGUGCUCUCACUGGAGUAGAGUAUCAAGAGCCAACACAGCUGACAUCUGCCUUGCCCAAGGAAGUGGCCCUGCUCCCCUCUCUGACACGAAGGAUUUUUCCUUCUUGGAGCUCCUGUGAUGCAGGAGGACAUCCUGUCUCUCCCAUCCUGCAGCCAGGGGAAGCUAGAGCCUUCCUAACCUAUCUGAAGAUGAUGCCUGAGGAAGAGGACAUGGCCCCUUUAAGUAACAAAAACCUUCCCUGGAAGCAGAGCUAAAUACAUGACCCACUGCAGGACUCUAAAGGCUAGGGCCGUGCAUUGAUUUGGAAUAAUAACUGUAUCUGAUCCAAUAAGUCCCUGUGGGCAACAUUUUGCAUUUUUGAUGCAGAAUGGCUAAUAUCGGUAUUAUAUUAUGUUCUGCGUUGUAUGGAACUGGAUCCAACCCCAUCCGACAAUUGGAUGAUUGUUUUCAUGCUUUUCUGAUGCUGAGGCUACAAAACCUUUUUGUGCUGAUGUCGCAAUACUUGCUUGUCAUUGAAUCUGGUGAUGAGCCAUUGAUUGAUUGAUUGAUUGAUUGAUUGAUUUCUAUACUGCCCUUCCAAAAAUGGCUCAGAGUGUUUUACACAGAGGAAUGAAUGAAUAAAUAAAUAAAUAAAUAAGAUGGAUCCGUGUCCCCAAAGAGCUCACAAUCUAAAAAGAAACAUAAGACACCAGCAACAGUCACUGGAGGUACUGUGCUGGGGGUGGAAGGAGAACAACUAUGUGAUUGACCCCUCUGCCUCAGUGCCUCAGACUUGCAGCUGCUCAAGGCAUCCUCCAGUUGGUUCAUCUCCUUUCUAAUCACAGUGUUUGGAGAGUGGGAUGUAGAAUUGUAUAUUACAAGGCGCCUGAGCCAAAACUUCAUCCUCAGCUUGCCAACUGAAUAUUGUUGAUCUCAUCAGAAAAAAAUUAUACACACACACACAUAUACACACAAAGUAAAAAUCUAAAAUGGUGGAGAGCUUGCCUGCUUCUCUGAAACCCUGGCACUUCUGUGUGAAACAGGGGUAGUCUCAAGCCCUAACAAGGGCCCCCCAUCAGCUCUAACAAAGGUCUACCAUGCCUGAAAGGUCAUUCAUUUCUGUUUAAAUAUAAAUAUUACAUUUGUAAUCAUUUUAAUGAUUUCCCCUUUAUUUCCUAUGGGCCAUUAUAUCCAAUGAGAUUUUGCAUCAACCCAAUAACGAUGCAUCAAGCAAUUCAAUCCAGGCUGAUACAAUUAUUGAAUGGAUAUUUAGAUAAUCAUUUGCAUUGAGCUGGGAUUGGAUCUGAUCCAAUCCAAUAGCUUCAUCUGUGGACAGUGCUGAUAAAGGCUCUUAAACUGCUGCUGGAGUAACAUCCUUAGCUUUGCCCUGAAUUCAGUUUCUGGUACUGCUCUACUGGGAACUAACCAAAGUCCUGAUCUCCUGUACCUCUGUUGGGUUCCAGCCCAAAACUGGGCAGGACUGAAUGAAGAGCUCUAAAAGGAACUUCCCACUCUAUAGUAAUAAUCUCCCCACACUCAUGUCUCUAUAUUCCACUUAAACUAGGUUAGAAUUUGGCUCAUGAGGUUGACUGUAGUCCCAGAAAUGUGAGUAAUAGAGAAUGGGAAUGCUUGCUUUGCAUUAGAUUAUGCAGGUACUGAACGUGAGCUAGAUUGUCUGUGUGUCUAUCCAGUGUGCUGCAGAACAUUUCCAACCUGGAUUCCUCCAUGUUGCUGAACCAGAUGUUGCUGAACUACAACUCCCAGCACCCCAGCCACGAAUUGUGGCUUUCGGUGCUGGGAGCUGUAGUUCAGCAACAUCUGGAGGAACCCAGGUUGGGAGCCACAGGUGUAAACUGUAAGCACCGGAAUGCACUCAGCCAGUAAAAUGCAUGAAAAUAAAAUUCCAGCAUAGACUUUACUGAACUGCUCACACAGAAGUCAGUGCUGCUGCAACAUUUAAAUCAGGCUAGGCCCAUACAGGCCAAGCUGACCCUCUUUCAUUUUGCAGACUGUCAUUCUUCUUAUGCUGUUUGCUGCAAUUUCAAAGCUAUACCAUGUUUCCCACAGCUGGAAGACUACCAGCCUCUGCCCCCACCCCAAGAAAGCAACAUGCCAUUGUUUUCCAUCAGCCAUUGGUCUAGUGCUUACCCAAAACAACUUUAACCCCUGUGCUGCAUACUCAUACAGUGUAGCUGCAAACUUGCACCAUCCCCUCCCCACUGGCGUCAUGUCAGGUUUGUACAAUCCCUCUCCACCUCUUGCUAAGAAACAGAAGUUGCUGGUGCUACUAAUGAACCUGGUUUUCAGAAUACCCUGGAGUUCCUAUUUGCUUUGACUAGCGUUGCAGGUAAUCAUGCACUUUAUGAAUUCUGGCCUUUGCUAGUCUGUAUGAACUCAGAAAUAUUAUGUCUGGAUCGAAUUCCUCUGGCACCUUGAUAGGAAAGUACGUUGAUAACACUGGAGGUGGGAGUCAAGCUCUGGAAAUACAAGCCUGAUACACAGAUGGCUUUAUCUUUCUGCUGGUGAGAUUUUGGCAGCAGCAUCCAGAGAGGUCUCUUUAUCCCAUCAGCUUUGCUAUAAUGUGGUUUGGGGGCAGGCUCUUUCUCUAUAAAGCGUGUCAGAACUGAACAGACAUUUUAGCCACAUAAAAGAGUUUUGUUUUACUAGAUGCCGGCUUCAUGUUCGAUAAUGUUUGUGCUUUUUUCCUAUCUGUGAGAGCGCCAUUGUUGUUCUUUCAAUCCCUUGUAUUUGUAUAUCUUGUAAUCCCUUGUACUGUCUUUUAUAUAUACAAGUUAAAGCAGGGGUUCUCAAACUUG